AUGUCAUCAUGGUGGAGCAGGCACAACAGCAGCUGGUUUACACGCUGGAAAACCAACAAUUAUUGUACCAUUUUUGGUGAUCAAUUCUUUUGGGGUAGAGUAAUUGAAAAGAGUGGGACUGGUCCACGUCCACUACCUGGAAAAUCGAUUAGUGUUGAUCGAUUGGUUGAAACUUUUCAUUUUUUUCAUAAGCCAACUACACGUGCUGCUGCAGAAUGUAUUCGGGAUGCUAUCUUGAAAGAAGAUGGAUGUGCAGCAGCAGUACAUGCAUUUCAUUCCAGUUUAACUUCAACACGAAUGCAUAGCGAUUUAGAACCAACUUUUGCUGCUUGCUAUCGUUCAGACAAAUAUAAUAUACAGAUAUCACGUCCCGUUGCUCAAGUGCUCGUAGCAGCAGGCGCUCUAGACAAAUCCGAACUUCGUCCUCACGUCGUACGAAAUUGGCAAUUUAUGCUUGAUCAUCGCAUGCAUUUUCUUACUCAUGGUCUUCUUGAAUAUUCACAAAAAGCUUUUUUCAGUAUGUUCAUUAAUACUACUACAGGCUUAAAACGUGCUGCUACUAAUGAUAAUGUAGCUAUGGGAACAUUAGAAAGUGUUGGAAGUGUUACAAAAAAUGUUGGUCUAGGUAUUGGUCAUCUAACGAUUGGAUAUUUGUCAUUAUAUGGUGAACUAAGCGAUGCACUCGAUCGUUUUACUUUUAUUUAUGAUCCUUACAGGUAA